UAUUACCUUAUGCCAAUAACUGUACAAAGGUUCACUUUUGCAAAAAACGAAGUUGUGGUUUUCUACGAUGGAACUAGGGAAGAAGCGCAAGCUAGAAAAAGACGAUCUAAAUAGCCUUCAAGGAUCCGGAACUAGUGAAGCAGAUUUUCCGGAUAGCUUUCCUGAUAAUGUGGCUGAUCACAUACACAUUGCGGAUUCCGGAUCGAAAUUUUGAAAAAAAUUUUAACUGCACUCGAAAUACUCAGUGAAGGCCAUGGAUUUGGAAUCCCUACCAUUUUCAACUGCACCCAUAGCCAUCACAGUCGUAUUACAGCACGUACUGGAUCAUGUAUUAGAAGGAGUGGCGCCAGAGAGUUGGUUCGUGUGCGCAUAGACUCCAAAUCAUUAAAUUAUCCAAUCUGGACACCACCGAUCCGGAGUUCCCAAUUGACUGUGCGCCGUUGGAUGGCUGAAGUAGAACGGGUGCUAAACUCUUACGAAGAAUUUGUCAUCGACGAGCAUUUCGAAGUGUUUGUACAACACACUGAUAUUCCUAAAGGCAGCUGCGUGCGCGACGUACCUAUAUUACUGAAAAGAAGGCUUCAAAGAAUGCAGUCCGUUAUCGUUAUCAACAACCCUGAUGAAAUAUGCCUCGCCAGAGCGCUAGCGGUGAGAAAAGCGUAUGCAGACGGAGAUAAACUGUGUAGGAGAAUCAAACGCGGACAGAAACUUCAGACAAAAGAAGCAAAGGCGUUGAUAGGAAAGGCUGGGCUGAGUGAAAGAGAAUAUACAAUAACGGAUGUCCCUCAGUUUCAACGAGUCUUUUCCGAAUAUCAAAUAAUUAUUGUCAGCGUGGAUCACGCAAACAGCAUUGUCUACAGUGGACCAAAGCAGGAAAAACGCAUUGCUUUGCUGCAUCACGACCACCACUUUGACCUGUUGAAUUCGUUGCCUGCGUUUUUUAAAAGGAGCUAUUGGUGCUUCACAUGCAAUAAGGGUUAUAACGAAAGAGCGGAUCAUAGAUGUGAGUCUAACUGCAAAUCAUGCUUGCGAACGAACUGUGAGUCAGACAAGGAAAGCGUUAUUGAGUGCCCGGAUUGCCAUCGCGAGAUUUUUGGUUCGGGUUGUUUAGCUGAACACAAGGUUGGAUCGAACCCUCAAAAGAAACAUCGGAAAAGCAUUUGUAACACGGUAUUUAAAUGUCGAAAAUGUUUCCGUGUGGUAUCAAACAGAAAUCGGAAGAACGGCAAUCAGCACCAGUGCGGAGAAUUUUGUUGUCAAGUCUGCAAAGUUCAUGACUUACCUGCUACUCACAAAUGCUUCAUGAAACUCCGUAAAGUAACAGAAGAAGAACUGGAGGAACACAAAUCUGCUCGGUUUUAUAUUUCGAUUGGAAACCUAUGUUGCCGAAAAUGACGAACUGGUGGCAAACCUAGCGUUGUUCAAGACGACGACGGUCAGCAAUGGAUUUUUCCAGAAGAAGGAUUAUCGUUUGGUAGCGAUGUAACGGAUCAAUUAUGCACCUUUUUAUUUCAUGAAAGGCACAGGGAUUACUAUAUCAUUGCUCAUAAUUUCAAGGGAUUUGACGGGCAUUUCAUACUUCUCUGGUCACUACGGAAAGGGAUAAAACCUUGUGUCAUUAUGAACGGUGGAAAAAUCCUGCAGCUGGAUGUGAGUGAAUUGAACAUCCGGUUUCGAGAUAGCUGUAACUAUAACCCACAAAGUCUGGCAAAUUGGCCAGCAGCUUUUAGCAUUCCGGAUAUUGGCAAAGGAACGUUUCCGCAUCGUUUCAACCGUAAAGAGAACUGGGACAAAAUCCUGCCUUUUGCGCAACCGGAUGAAUAUGGGUUCUCAAGUAUGAAUAAGAAAGCCAAAGAUUCCUUCAUGCGUUGGUAUGAGAUAGAAUCCAGGGAAAAAAUUACCUUUUUGACUUUCGAAGGGAAAUUGAGGAUUACUGCCGGGUGGAUGUGACAGUUUUGCGAAUAUGUUGUCAACAGUUUAGUCGCCUCUUCCCAGAUAUCAGUAAUGGUUUAUGCCCUUUUGUGUCGGCGAUAAUGAUUGCUGGUGUGUGCAGUCGGUACUUGAAAUAGUUCAUUCUUAAACCUGAACAAAUCGGACUACUUCCUCAUCGCAUCCAUGCAAAAAACCGUAAUCAGUCGGAAAUUGCGAAGAAAUGGCUGGCUUGGAUAGAGCGCGAAGAGGAGUGCGUCAUUGAGUCUGUGCUUACCGGGGCCAAACAUCAGAUUGGACCAUAUUUUGUGGUUGGGUAUCGUGCAGACAUCAACCAUGUGUACGAAUUUUACGGUUGUUUUUACCAUGGAUGCCCUAAGUGCGAAGCUGCCGAAACUAUAAACCCUUUACGGAAUAUAGCAAUGUUCGAAAUUUAUAAUCAAACCAAGGAACGCGAGGAGUACAUUCGCAAUCAAGGAUAUGGCUUAAAAACGAUCUGGGAGCAUGAAUUCAACGACCAAAUCAAGUCCGAUCCGGAUCUAAGAGCCUUUGUAAAUAGGCUUUUUUUUAUUGCGCCGCUAAAUCCUGGCGAUGCUUUUUACGGUGGUCGGACCAAUGCCGUAAAGCUGCUCCAUGAGAUCAGCGGUGACGAAAGGAUUAGCUGCUACGACGUCAACAGCGAAUACCCGUAUGUCAACAAGAACAAACGGUAUCCCGUCGGUCAUCCAGCAAUAAUUACCAAAGAUUUUCAAGAUAUCCGCAGUUAUUUUCGUGUGGCUCAGUGCCAAGUGCUUCCACCAGGAAACCUGAAGCUGCCUGUCCUACCGUAUCGCUCUGGUGGCAAGAUGACGUUCCCGCUGUGCCGCACUUGUGUUGACAAGUAUCAGAAUUCCAAGUGUGAACACACCGAUGACGAGCGGGUUUUAACGGGAACUUGGGGCACCCCGGAAAUAAACGAAGCUUUGGACCGCGGAUACAGCGUUACAGAAAUUUAUGAAGUGUGGCACUUUGAAGAAUUUUAGGGAGUCGCAUCUCUAUUAACUAUCUACCUUGCUUCUACCUUCACCGC